AUGUGUUGGUUCGUGGUUACCAACACGGACUCGUUUGCCAGUCCUGCUAUCAAUACUGCUUCUUUCAGCUCUCUUGUCCCCGUCAAUCGUGGCAGUCAUCCGAUUCAAAGUUUCGAAAUGGACAGAACAGAACGCCUGAAGCUGCUCUUCAGCGAGGACGAGUCUUUGCUUCGGUUCAACACCCGCCUCAAUGCCCAAUCUAUACCUGACCCCAAGGCAACGGAAGAAGCUUCCUCGACUGUAGUAACACAGGAAGAAGUACAGCCGGAAAAGGACGACAAAGACUCGGAAUCCAAUACCAAAGCAGAGGAAAACGCCGAAGGGCUCGACAAGAGCAUUGUCCAAGAGACGGACCAGUGCAACGCAUCCACUCAGACACCAGACACUAAAUAUUUGAGCCAUGAGCAAGAGGAGCCGUCAACACCACUGGAUGGGUUCUUCUGUCCCCUUAUGGCUAUAUCUAAAUAUCCCUACAAGUUUGUCCGCAAAGAACUGUCACAGACGGUAGCCAGCCGAUUUUUCAACGGAGGGAAGUUUUGGCAGAGAGUCUGGGAUCUAUACUAUGUCCACGUCUCUCCUCAGCUCAGGCCACGUCCACUGUUGCUCGUGCCUGCUGCUCAAGUCCGGAAGUUCAUACAGGAGAUCAACUGUGAGCUUGAAGUUACGCUGUCAAUUCCGGAGGAAAGUGAAAUGGGAAUGCUCUUGGACUUCAACCUGGAGGGAGUCCCUCAACCGACGUUCGUCGGCCAGUGUACAAGCCGGGAGAUGAAAGACGAACUGGAAGCGACCAUCCCUCUGCGCACCAACUAUGAGCCUCCUACCGAGAUGGAUGAAUCGCGUCUCGCGUACGAGCAAAUGAUUGAACAUGGAAUAGAUGCGUCGAAAAGCAAGAGUAGGAGCAAAGCAUCCAAGGCGAAGAAACAGCAGAUCCGGCUUCAGGCUGAAAUAGAAUUGGUACAAGCUCUGAAGAAAAUGCGUUGCUACCUUGCUCUACAACCCUACCACUCCCUAGAUCUUCCGGAACUCAUUGACGAACGAUCCUGGGAAGAGAAGCGAAAUGAUGACUGCAGUAUGGCGCAAAGUCUUGACGAUACAAGUGACACUGGGAUCCCUCGCCUCGAUCUGAAUAAUCCAGCGAUGUUUCCAUUCUGGAAAGAGCCGAUUUUUAUCAGUGUUGACGUCGAAUGUAAUGAGCGUUGCCUUGCACAGGUCACGGAAGUGGGCAUUUCAACUCUGGACACCGUUGAUCUCGUUGGCAUUCCUCCCGGCGGGAACGCAGAGAAUUGGACCUCCAGAAUUCGCUCCCGUCACCUGCGAGUCCGAGAAUAUGGCCACAUUGUUAACUGCCAAUACGUGACAGGAUGCCCGGGAAGUUUUGAAUUUGGGGAGAGCGAAUGGGUGUCCAAAGGGAAGCUGGCCGAUGUGGUUCAGGCCUGCUUCCAACCUCCCUACUCAUUCGGUAUGGAAGACACAGACGGUGUCCAGCUCGACAGUGGCCCAGAGCACAUGCACCAGAAACGCAACCUGAUCCUCGUGGGUCAUAACACCUCAAUGGACGUCAAGUAUCUGGCGGGUCUGGGCAUCCCGGUCUUUGAAGAUGUCACGACCGCCUUCGUGGAGCGCAUCGACACUGCCGAAUUGUACCGUAUUAUCCGAAGUGAGUUAAACCAGCGCUCGCUGGCCAGCAUUCUCGGCGAACUGGGAAUCAUCGGAUGGAACCUGCACAAUGCUGGGAACGAUGCUCGCUAUACGCUUGAAGCGCUGGUUCGCAUGAUCUGUCGUGAUACAGGCGAGGCUAGCGUUGCUGCUUCAACGGUGGAAUAG